AUGAAUAUGUUGGAUGAUGAAGAUGACCAAAGCUUUCACGCUACGCGUGACGGCUACUCCCAUUUGAGCGAUGUCGAAUGGGAUGCGGUUGAACGGAUGGGUUCAACCAUGGGCAUCCAUGCUGUUAGCGUCAUGCUAGAGGCUCUCAAUAGAGAUGCCCAACAUGCUAUUAUCGCCAAGUUCAUUCAAAAUGAACUUGACGCAGAACGCGAGAAAGUAGCCUUGCUUCACCAACAAGGUUCUCAACAAGCAGAGUUGUUGAGAGAACAGGGUGCUCAACAUUUUGAACUGUUGAGACAGCAACAGGCUGCUGCUGGUGGGUCGAUGCACUCGCGUCGACCCGAAACCUUGAAGAUUGACAUCUCUAAGGCGCGUCGCAUCGACGACGGGGAUAUGCAAGUUGCAUUUGCCCAGUCAAAUCUGGCAGGACGUGCCAAGACUUGGGCACUGGGGCUCAAGUUGCACGACCCAUAUGCGUUUGGGUCGCUAGAAGUCUUCAAGUCGCGGCUCAGACAAACGUUUGAACCGCCUAGAGCUGAGUUCAGAGCUCGAACCGAACUCUUGAAGCUCAAGCAGGGUAAGCGUGACGUAGGUGAAUUCAAGGAUGUAUUCCCUGAAACUGUUCCGUGCGAGUUACCGAAGGAUAAAGGUAUUCGACACGAGGUCGAGCUUACACCAGGCUCGAAGUACUGUGUCAUGAAGCAGUGGCCACUGCCUCGUGAACAAGUACUUGCGAUCGACAAGUUCUUUGCCGAUCGUUUAGCUGCGGGCCAUGUGAUGGAAUCAACCUCCCCACAUAGUUCUCCGACCUUCUGUGUGCGAAAAGCAACAGGAGGGUGGCGGAUAGUGCACGCGUUCAACAAAUUGAACGCUGCAACGGUACCGGCUCAGACGCCGAUACCGAGGAAGGACGUAAUCAUUGAUGGUAUGUCAAAGAGUACCAUCUUUUCGUCCAUGGAUUUGAUGGAUGGCUUCUAUCAAAUCCUUAUGCGAGAACGGGACAUACCCUAUACCGCAACGAGCUCGCCUAGCGGCAGGCUCUGGGAAUGGCUAGUAAUGCCACAAGGGCUUAGCAAUGCCCCUGCCACGUUCAACAGAUGUGUAUGA